GCGCCGCAGCUCGAGGGGCCCCUGGCGCUGCCGCGCGAGGGUGCCGACAAGGCCGAGGCGGAGCCGGGCGAGGGCUGGGAGGCCGAGAUCCGCGGGAGCGUAGCCCUCGUCGUCGGGGGCGGCUCCGCGGCGGCGUGCGGCGCGCUGCUGCUGCGUGCGGCCGCCGCGGGCGCCUGCGGGUUGGUCGUGGCGGGCAGCCGGUGGGAGGCGCUUUGCUGGGGCGAACGGGACGCGCCAACAAGCGGGCCGCCCGUGGUGCUGGUGUCGCUGUCGGAUGCCAGCAGGCUGUCAGGCUUGGCGCGCAGGGCCACGGGCGGCCUCCGCGUCGCCGCGCUCCCGCGGGCUCGGGCGGCAGACGAGGAGCCGCCCUGUACGCGGCGCGCGCCCGGCGCCCUGCUGCCUGGGACCGGCGCGGCGCGGGCGGCUCUGGAGCCUGCCGCUCCGCGGCCCUGCAUCGCGCCGCCUCUGCCGCGGGGCCCC